UAAAAAGUUAAAAUAUAUACGUCAGUGGUCUUGGCGCAUACCGGAACUCUUCUUUCAAAUACACAAAUAUCCGGUUUUCCUUUUCUAUAUUUGUCGCUUGGACGAAGGCAUUAAAAUGCUUAUUCCAAAGAAGAAUAAAGUUGCCAUCUAUGAAUACCUCUUUAAGGAAGGGGUAUUAGUUGCUAAGAAAGAUGCAUUUGCAGCCAAGCAUGGAGAAAUUGAAGUCCCUAAUCUUCAUGUUAUGAAAGCUUUGACAAGCUUAAAAUCUAAAGGUUUUGUUCGUGAGCAGUUUGCAUGGCGCCACUAUUAUUGGUAUUUAACAAAUGAAGGUAUUCAGUACCUUAGAGAUUUUCUACACCUACCAGCUGAAAUUGUGCCAGCAACACUUAAAAGACAGACACGCACAGAGGCACCAAGGCCAGCUAGACCUAAAGCUUCUGAAGGUCCUCGUGGUGGUGGUGCUACAGAUCGCCAGGAAUACCGUAAAGCUGGACCACCUGGAGCAGACAAGAAAUCUGAAGUUGGUGCUGGCUCAGAAAAGUUUGAAUUUAGAGGAGGAUUUGGAAGAGGCCGGGGGAGUGGUGGCUUUGGCGGCACACCAGGUGGACAGUAAUAAACUAACUGUUUGGGCGACAAAUGGAGAUAUGUAUGGUUGUUAGUUGAUGGAAUAAAUCAUUACCCAAUCGAAA